AUGGAGCCAAGUUUGCCAAGUCAAAAUUUAUCGGAUACACUUUCGAGAAGCGUCGAAGUUUUAUCCAACUUAGCGUCAAGUAUAAAAGGGAACUACGUGCUUGAUGUAGUAAUGAUCGAAAGACUUUCGGCGUUGGGCAAGCAGUGGGAACUCGUGAGAGAAGUUCUCAUCUCAAAUUUUGAUCUGCGAUGUGACUCUGAGAAGAUUUUAGAGAGGUUUGAGUUGAUGAGAAAAUCCAAAAACGAAUUUUAUGCAUUGAGCCAAAAGGUGCUUGAGAUUGAGUUGGAUUUAAUCUCUUUACUUGACUAUCUCGAGGACCAGAUAGAGCUGGAACCACCGCAUGAAGCGUUUUGCGUCUUCAUUGAUACCUUUGAGCCUUGUUGGUUUGGCCUCAAUAAUCUAAAGUCGGUACUAAUCUCAUCGAAGUAUACAUUGGAAACCGGCUUAGAGUUUAACGAAAUCCUUAAUGAUCACCUCUCCUCACUUGGCACUUUAAUAGAUGAAAAUGCUGAGAAGUGCUUUGAAAUAAGGCAGCACUUAAUAUCUGCAGGCCAGGGGCGAAACUCAUUUCAAAGCGGAAAAAGGGUAAGCAGUGUCCUUUCCGAAAGCGCGGACACGGGCUUUAGCCGAGUGCCGACUUUUUCUGAGGACUCUGAUGAUUUUGGGAAGUUUGUAUCCAUAGCGGAAACUAUGGGACCUCUGGAGAGUAGCAUGAAAGAAGUUUUGAAUUCUAAGAUACAAAAUUUUGGUAAACGAAACAUUCGCGACAACCAGUUUCUGCUGGACAGACUGCAACAAAAGUAUCAGGAAGUGUGUCAAAAACACGAGGCUUUGAAUGUUGUUUUCCAUUUACUGAAGGAGGAGCUUGUUGACUCUAGAUGGAAAGAGCUCUUUGAGAGUCUUAAUAAUGUCGUAAGCCAGGAUAUAAAGGAAGCAGAAAUCAUAGUCUCCUCCCAUAGGAUGGCGAAUGAUGACACCGGUCCUGAGCUACAAUCGUCAAACUCUAAACGACUUUUAAGUUUACAAAGGAUAAUAGAGAAAAACUUCAACAUUGUGUACCAGGCCCUCUCAACAUCUGUGCUCGAAGCAGAAGUUGCAGCUCAAGCCAACGAACUUGCGUCACGCUGGCUAGUUCUGCGCACAGAUAUAGACAAUUUAGAAUUGCAUGACGACAAUAUCGACGAUGAGUUAUCUUCUGACCUUCAGAGCCUAUCCCUACAAAAGACAGAAGCUUCCGGGAUCAAAAGCUCCGAAAGUCAAAGGCGCACAAGUGGCGUUGGUGCUCUCCUGUUUAAACGCAUGAACAUCAAGCCCGUGAUGAUAAACAACACACCGAAGUCGGUGGAAAAGAUAAAACCAUUCUUCAGACCUUCGGAACCCCUUAAGCCCAUCCCACUAAACUUUCACAGAAUCCCCAAGCUACCAAAACCAGACGACUCCGCUGGAUCGGAUAUCAACUCAGUGAGUAUCACGAGCACGAUGAGCACUGAAGCUUGCUUUUCUAAGUUGUUGCAUAAGAUUGCGAGUUUUUCAUCCCAAAGAUCUCAGAUUCCUGUAUAUUGUGGCCCAGUUGUAGCUGUUGCAAACCCAAUGGGUUUGAAGUUGAACGAUCCCAUGAAAGUAGAACUCAAGAGCCCCAACCAGUUUCCAGGAUCUGUAGAAUUCGAAAAGUGUCAGUUACCCACUAUGUGUUUACAUAAGCGAUUUUUGAACUAA